AUGACAAAGAACUUCCAAAGACCACUUGGUGAAGGAGGGUUUGGCGUUGUUUAUCAUGGUGAUAUAAAUGGUUCACAACAAGUAGCCGUUAAGGUUGAACUUCUGUUACGAGUUCAUCACAUAAACUUGGUAAACCUUGUAGGGUAUUGCGAUGAACGAGAUCACUUGGCUCUUAUCUACGAAUACAUGUCCAAUAAAGACUUAAAACAUCAUUUGUCAGGAAGACACGGUGGCUCUGUUUUGAAGUGGGGUACUCGACUACAAAUCGCCGUCGAUGCCGCAUUAGGACUAGAAUACUUACAUACUGGAUGUCGACCAUCGAUGGUGCAUAGAGAUGUCAAAAGUACAAAUAUACUGCUGGACGAGCAAUUUACAGCUAAAAUUGCUGAUUUCGGGCUGUCAAGAUCUUUCCAACUUGGAGAUGAAUCACAUGUUUCAACCGUUAUUGCUCCUGGAUAUCUUGAUCCCGAAACAGGUCGGUUGGCUGAGAUGAGUGAUGUCUACAGUUUUGGGAUUGUAUUACUGGAGAUAAUCACAAACCAACGUGUAAUAGACCAAGCCCGCGAACAAUCUCACAUAACAGAAUGGAUGGCAUUUAUGCUUAAUAGAGGAGACAUUACAAGAAUUAUGGAUCCUAACCUUCAUGGAGAUUAUAACUCUCGUUCUGUCUGGAGAGCUCUUGAAUUAGCAAUGAUGUGCGCCAACCCUUCAUCAGAAAAACGACCAAGCAUGUCCCAAGUUGUUAUCGAGCUAAAAGAGUGUCUACGUUCUGAAAAUAAAACCGAAGGCGUGGAUUCUUAUAGUUCCUUUGAACAAAGCAUGAGCUUUGAUACCAAAGCUGUCCCCAGUGCAAGGUAG